GUCAUUGUUGUCAACUGAAACCGUAGAGAGAAAUUGUGCAGAUCGAACCAAUUUUCAGUAACUUCUUCGAGUCUGCGAAGAGUGGCAUUUAAUGAAUACAGUAUUAAGCGCUUAAAAUGUGGCGUCCAACAUUUACUUUAUUUCGUAAGAUAAUUAUACCAUCUGUAAUUGAGAAUGCGAAAUUAUCAAAAAUAUAUUAUUCUACCAAAGGCCGGCUACCAAGGUCUACAGCCCAAAUAACCUUAAUUGGUGCGAGUGUUGGGGUCCUGGUUGGUGCAGGCUGGGGUGGCUAUACACACUACAAGAUUAACGCUAAAAAACAGGUGGCUCCAAUAGAAAAUGAAGAAUAUCCAUUCCUCAAGGAGGCACCAAAAUACCAGGCUCAGUACAAAAUCAGUAAUGAUUCAGACAGUAGCAACUUGCAACUUGUACUGUUCCAAUACCGCACCUGUCCAUUCUGCUGUAAAGUCCGUGCGUACCUUGAUGCUCGUGGUAUCAGUUACGAGGUAGUGGAGGUGGAUGCCGUUCUCCGACAAGCAAUCAAAUGGUCCGGAUACAAAAAAGUUCCUAUUCUAUUAGCCAAAGUAGACGGAGGCUAUCAGCAACUUAUGGAUAGUUCAGCUAUAGUAUCGGUACUGGAGACUUUCUUGAGAGACAAAAAUUCUCAACUACGAGAUGUUGUGAAGUUCUACCCUGUUACUAAGUUCCUGAAUGACCAGGGCAAGGAAGUCACUGAUGUAACAAACAAGUACUUUAUAAUGCAUAAUGCUGUUGUCUCUGAUCAAGCUGAAAGAAAUGCAGAAGCUGAGGAGCGAGAAUGGCGACAGUGGGCGGAUCGCGUGCUGGUGCACACCCUGUCCCCUAAUGUAUACCGAACAGCAGGAGAAGCUUUAGACACUUUCAAGUGGUUUGAGGAAGCCGGGCGCUGGCGUGAAUCGUUCCCCGCCUGGGAGUGUGCUCUGAUGGUCUAUGGAGGAGCUGCUGCUAUGUGGGUUAUUGCUAAACGACUCAAGACAAGGCACCAUAUAAAAGAUGAUGUUCGCCAGUCACUCUAUGAUGCCGCAAACGAUUGGAUGGGUGCACUUAGAAAGAAAGGAACUAAAUUCCUGGGCGGCGGCCAGCCUAACCUUGCAGACAUCGCCGUGUAUGGUGUGCUGAGCAGCAUUGAAGGGUGCCAGGCGUUCCAGGAUCUAAGGAGCCAUACAGACAUAGGGGUGUGGUAUGAUGACAUCAAGAACUCAAUAGAACAUAGACAAGGAAAAGUUACGUUUGCGCUAACACAAGCGUGAACAUGUUUUUGAAAUUCUUACAUGUUGUACCAUUAAAGUGUACCGAUGGCCACACCAGAACGUGAUCUUGGUGCGGUCAAAAUAUCUCUUUCUCGCUUUUACUUAUAGUGCGUACGUAUUUAAAGCGUGGUUCCGUGAACUACCGUGAAUACGCCACGCGUACUGCACCAAGGCCGCGGUCCUGUGCGGCAAUAUGUAGACACUGAGAUUUCUGUUAAAAGAUAGAGAUUUAAAAAUUUAUUUAUAAAAACAAUUAGCAUUAGUAGCAUUUGCGCGAAUUGCGAAAAUAUUUACGUAUCCAAUUAAAACUUUAACAUCACUCUGCUAUGCGUAUUGAUUGUUAGCCGUCUUAGUAUUCUCAACUAACGCCACGUAACGUGUGAAUUGAUCAAAUGAUUACAUUUAAAAUUUACCCUUACAAAGACAAUUCCCAGACACGUGCAUAGUUUGAGUGUUAUUCUACAGCGUAAUAUAUUGUUAUUUCAAUGAA